AUGGCGUUCAACUUCAACUGGUCGCCGCUCAUCGCCGACACGGAUCGCGUCCGCGAGAUGCUCACCAGCGCGUUGAACAAAUCGCCCAAGCCGCCUAUCAUCGUCGACGACAUCAUCGUGAAUGAGUUAAACUUGGGAUCAACACCACCGGAGUUGGAAAUUUUGGAGAUCGGCGACUUGGCCGAAGACAAGUUCAGGGGAAUAUUCAAGAUGAGCUAUACGGGGGAUGCAUACUUGACCUUGAAGACUCGAGUGCAAGCGAAUCCGCUGCAUACCUUCCUCUCGACCCGGCCUUCUUUUACAAGCCCACAGCCGCUUGCAGCGAACAGUAGCCUUACGAUCCCCAUUCAGAUCACCCUCUCUGAAUUUCGCCUCUCCGGUUUCGUCAUCUUGGUGUUUUCGAAGCAGAAGGGUAUCACGAUUGUCUUCAGGAACGACCCGCUCGAAACGCUCAAGGUAUCAUCGACAUUUGACUCGAUACCUUUCGUCCGAAACUUCCUCCAAAAGACGAUCGAGAAUCAACUGCGGGUGCUGUUCAUGGAGGAUCUGCCGGCCAUAAUCCAUCACCUGUCGCUACGCCUAUUCAGCCCCGAGCAUCAGAUGACUCCAGAAAGCGCGACGAAAAAGCUAGAAGCAGAUUUUCAGAAACCCCUGGACACAUUCUCGAGCGAUGAUAUUCUAGAAAGCGAAGCGACAGCUCAAGAAAGCGCGACUGAGCUAUACGCCUCAUUCUCCCAGAAAAGCAUGCUCCGCUUAGCAGCACUAAGCGAGAGCCAGCGCACGCUGAGCUUGUUCACGCCAAGUAUGAGGGACACGGUCUUUCGUGCUUGGACGCACGUAUUACAUCGAGAUGAAAUGGGCUCAUACUCCCGAACACCCACAAUCCGUCCAGUGACCUUGUCAAGAUUGCAAUCAUCAAUCGCAACGCCCACGGUGCUAUCGUCAGCGGCCUCGCAAACAUCAGAUGGGACCUCACCACAGCAAAGACCGUCUCUGAUCAAUGUGUCAUCAUCAGCGUCAGUGUACAGUUUCGGCAGUGGAGCGCCACGGUCACGGCCGGGCAAGAAACGGAAGCACCGAGUCGUCAAUCUGCGCAAGAGCAAAAAUGCUGCGGAAGGCGACGGCUGUGAUGACACGAUGAGCCUGGCUAGUAGCUAUGACGAAUCUGCCAGCCGUAGUGUCACCGGAUCCGCCGACUCCAGGUUGUCCCGUCCUGCCACACCACCACCGCAAUCAUCAACUUCCCUCCGCUUGACUUUGAAUCAACUCGACCUCGACCCUACCCCUCGAGCGUCGACCGUCCUCCAACAUCCAACGACAACCGCAUCCGAUGACAUGGACAAUCACGACACCAUAAAACCCCUACGCCGCGUGCCUCCCCAACAACAACCCUGGCGCCACCACUCCACUCCAUCUCGCUCACCCUCGCCGGAACUUCUCCGCCGCUCGUCCUCCAGCGAGAGUCACAACACGACCUCUUCCGCCGACCGUCGCCUCCAAACCCUGUUGACCUCCGUCCUCGCCGCCGCCGCCAACGAUGACGAGCCGAUCCUUGGCGGCGUGGGUAGCGGCGCCACCAGUCCACGGUACGCCGGCGGUGGCGGCAUCCUCGAACAGGCCUGGAUGCAGAAGAUGACGAACGAGAUCGCCCGCAAGGUCGCCGAGGAGAAAUCCCGCAGCGCUUCCCUCUCCGGACCCGCAGGCCCAAGUAACCCACAAACGACGAGGCCUCCG